UCGUCGGGACGAAACGGGAAGCUUUCGACACGUGCUCCCGUGCCGCGCCGAAAAAGAUCACGAGUGCGCAAUUACCUAACAGCCGGCCGUUUGGGCUUCGCGGCUUGGAUUUUCGGUCAAACAGACGCGGUCUGCUCUCCGAAACGCGUUAAACUUCCGCUGGCUCGUCCGAGUUGUCGCGCGCACCGCGUGCCCGACUGUGAGGUGUAAUUAUUUUCCGAGUUACUCCGAAUUCUUACCGCGGUCAAGAGAAACAGCCGCGGAAACUGAAUUCAUCGUGCCGCUGGGAAUUCCCGAAUAGGAUGCAGGGAAGGGUAAAGGGGUCGAUGUUCGAUCACUUUCCGGGGAGGCUGUAGAAUCGAAGAGAGGAUACAGAAAUUCAUCGCCGUGUAACGAUGUAACCAGCUUAACAAAUAGAUAACGCCAAGUGCGCUUUUGUCAAGGGAGAAUUCGCCGCAAAGUCCUUCAAAUAGGAUUCCUUUUUUUUUCUCAGCGAGGGUGACUUUUACUAAGCUUCGACUAAAUUAAUCGUCGAUUAAUUCCGUUGUGACUAGCAGAGAAUUGUUUAUUCCAUUUAACUAUUUGCUUUGAUGAUGGUGGCAAUUAAAUUUGGUGGUAAAUUGUACUGAUUUGAUUCUGGUUAAACUGACAAGUUAAUGAUGCAAAACAGAACGCAAGAAUUCGACUGAAGUGCGUUCGGAGUGUUAAUAAUCUCGGUGACGCGCUCGCAAAGGAUGAACUGAAUUUGGUGCUGUGAAAUCAACGUACGCGAAACAAACACUCAAGAUGCUGCGAUUGGAACUGCUGGGCCUUUUGCUGCUGGCUUGCACGCAGAUUCUCACGGAACAUUACCACGAAUCGCAAAGUCAGUACGGCCAUCACCGGCGCUCCAAAGAAAUAAUAUUGACGAGGGAAGUUCGCGUGAAGGAGGGCCGAUUGCGCGGUAAGGUGGUCCAACCGAGAACCAUUCACAAUUUGCAGUUGGUCGAUGUUUUCGUAGGUAUCCCUUAUGCGGAACCUCCGGUGGGAUCCUUGAGAUUUUCACCGCCACAAUCGCCACGGUCAUGGAGAGAAGUACGGCGGUCGUUGGAAUUUGCCCCAGUUUGCCCGCAAGUCCUGCCAAAUCUACAAGAGGAGGUGAAGCCGGUCAGGUACAAGUACUUGGAGAGACACUUGCCGAAUCUAAGGAACCAGAGCGAGGAUUGUCUCUAUCUCAACAUCUACGCUCCUCAUCAGCCCGAAAAUCAGAGAAUUCUAAGAAAAUACCCGGUCAUGGUGUUCAUCCACGGCGAUAAGUGGAAUAGCGGCAAUCCCUACGACGGCACCAUAUUGGCGGCUUAUGGCAAUGUCGUCUUCGUUACGAUUAACUUCCGACUCGGCAUUUUGGGCUUCCUGAGACCUGGGAUUAGGGACGAAGCAGCGAGCAACUUCGGUCUGUUGGAUCAAAUAGCGGCUUUGCUUUGGCUACGGGAAAACAUCGCGGAGUUUGGAGGCGAUCCUAACAGCGUCACUUUAGUCGGUCACGGGAAUGGAGCCAUCUUCGCUAAUCUACUCCUAAUCAGCCCGGUUGCCAAUAAGAAAGGUUUGUUCAAACGAGCUAUCCUGAUGUCCGGAUCGGCGAUGAGCGCAGACGCCAUCGGUAAGGCGCCCUUGCAGAUAACCAAACAGGUGGCGCACGCUCUCAACUGUCCCACCACCAACGACAGAGAGCUGGCUGGAUGCUUGCGUAACCAGGACGUAGACACGUUGCUACGCGUGAAAAUCCACAAGCCGAAAUACGUGCCGGCUUACGCGCCGCUAAUCGACCGCGCUGUUAUCCCUGACAAGCCGUUCAAUUUAAUGGAGAACGUCCAACUCUUUGGCAGGUUCGACUUGAUGUACGGUGUGACAGCAUCCGAAAAAUUUCACAUCCUGCCACCAGUUGCUUUGUUGCACGGUAUGCUUGAUGGACAAAGGGACGAAAUCUUGCGAGACCACGCCAAAGCGACGCACGAGCUGGAGCCGGACCUGAUACUGUCGAAAGUGCUGGAGCAAUACGGCGAUUUUUCGAGCGGAUUCACGAACGACUACGCCACGAAGAAUCGGGACAUGGUGCUGGAGGCGCUAUCCGACAGCGGCACCGUGGCGCCGUUAAUAAUGACUGCCAAUUUGCAUUCAAGGGCGAACCCGAAGAGCUACAUGUACGUCUUCUCGCAUCCGAAAGCUAUGCAAGACUAUUCUGGCCAACAACAUCUACGUACCGUGCAUGGCGAAGAGCUACCCUACGUAUUGGGUGAUCCGCUGGACAACGACUCACGGGGUCGAUAUAGUACGAGGGAAACGCUAUUUUCGGAAGCGAUUAUGAACUGGUGGUGCAGCUUCGCCUACAUCGGGAACCCCAACGUCGCCAAGCGAUAUCCCUACUUGACUGACGGGUCCAUGGAAUGGGGUCAGUACGACAUCGACUGGCCGGAAUACGAUCCCGUCAAUCAGACAUACUUCAACCUAACAAUACCGCCCAACAUAGGUGUGCACUAUCGGUCAGCGGAUAUGCAGUUCUGGAAUGAGGACUUACCCAAUCUGCUCAGGCACCCGAAUAAAGAAAUGUCGGGCCUGCCACGACCGAGAGGACCGCGACCGCAGAUUCUUGAUUUCGCCGAUGGGAUUGGCAAAUAUGCUAACGGGAGUAGCCGAAAGUACGAAACUUACGGCGGCAGACACACAACUCCAUCGAGCGUGACGGAUUCUAGUACGGAAAAAUCACCAUUUUCGAUUGUGGCAACGACGAGCAGCGGCGCAACGGCGGACGAGGUGGCCACGAUGGAGCCGAGCACGCUGAACUCGUCGCUGAUGAUCAUGGUGUUCACAUUCGUGGUGGUGUUCAUAUUAAUAAACGUCACCGUCGUCUCCCUGUACAUCUACCAUAAGAGGCAGAACAUGAAGGAGAAGGAGAAGUCGUUGAAGCGACGAUUCAGCGAGAAGAAGGACGACUCGGCCAAGAGGUCGAAAGUCGACAAACACGAGAAUUGCGGCCAGAUAGGCUACAAGAGCGACAGCAAGCCAGAUUUGAACGACGUGAUAAAGAACGACAAGGCCUACGACAAUAACUCCAACUUCGGCCGAAGAUCGAAACUGUCGAGACAAAACUCCAGCUCAACCAUCGACACCCACAUCAAAGUCAGAGAGUGGAUUCAACAGGAAAUUGUGCAUAGAUGCUCGCCGAGGUUCCUGCGUAAAACGCGAGAGACGCUGCAGAAGGAACAUCAGGAGAAGCUGAGCAAGCAGCAGCAAGAAGAGAAGCAACGUAUGGAGCAAGAGGCGUUAAAAGAAAGGAAGGACGAGCCGAUCUACGAAGAAAGCCCGGCACUGGUGGUGCGUCCUGGAAAGAAAUCAAAGCUGCCUAAGGUCUCCGUGGCCAUCGACGCCACGCCAGCGACCAGGACAGAGUCCAUUUUGAACCAAGUGCCCAUCGAACUAACGAAAAGCAUCGAGAUGGCGAACGAAUACGAGCAGGCCUUCAACCUGGAUCAACUAAUGGCUCCUCAGGUGGUCGUCAUAGAGCAUCAUCACUCCAGGAGCGAUCCUCUGCCGAUGGAGACCGUCCUGAAGACGAUGAAGCCAAACUUCUCCACUCCUAGGAUCUAUGAGUCGGAUUCGGGAAGCGCGAGCAGUCUGUACGCUAAGAUCAACCCGAAACUAAAGUCACGUCUACCUCGACCUGGUAUAGGAACAGGCACGGAAGUGCCGUUGUCCGAGCAAUCGAAAUAUGAAAACCCUUUCGACGAGGAAAUCUACAUGAAGACCGGGACGAUCCUAACGACUUUUGGGACGGGCGACGUGAACGUCACGUGCCGAGAACCGACUGUGGAGAGGGAAUGCAUCAGCCCGGAGGAGGCUCUGAAGACUAUCAAACGGCGAAACUAUCCGAAGGUAUUGCCGGAUAUCGAGAAGAGACGAUCACUACCUGCACCCAGCAGCCUUUUCGUGCCAAAGCAGCACGCGGGCUUAUUGAAGGACUACAAAAACGGGAAUCGAGCGAAUUUGUCGUCGAGUCAGCCGCCGUUACCACCCCCGCGGAUAUUCGGGCCGUCCAAGAGCCUAGAGAAGAGCACUUUCUUCGCGGAAGAGAAUGAGAAUCAGUACGAGGGCGAGCCGAUCACGACGAACCUGCACGUAGGUCCCUUACUGAGAAGACAAGACUCCACCAGGAACAAUUCCGACCCGAGCAUAAUAGAUUCUUUAGAAGGAAAUAGGGCUGUCCAGGCCGGCGGCAGCGUGGACACCAUUUACGCUAAUCCAAGAUGUCCGCUCCACGGAGAUCCCUUCCCGCCGACCUCGCAGAGCGUCGACGAAUAUAUCGGCAAGCCCGGCGGGUUUCUUGAGACGGGCAACCCCAAUUGGUACAAGCCUAGCGAAUCGCCAAUCGCAGCGAUGGCAUCAGCCACUUCAGAGCCGCAAAUCAAUCGAGACGAGAGACAGCUGAUAGUACCAGAAGUCGGGCUGCCGACGAUGGAACCAAAGAUUGUGAUCACGCCGAGAGUGAUUAAUCCUUGUCAGACUAAUCAGAAACCGAGUCUAUCAACGCGGCCCGAAGACAAGCUUGAUCACGAGGCAAAGACGUCCGCUGAGCCAAGACGAAAUGAGGGAUCGUCGGAGGGCUUGGACAGUUCCGGCGGUUCGUCGGUCAGGGAGACGGAGAGGAGGGAACCGCGGAUCAUCAUCACGGCGCGGGAACCGAAGAACUGCGCCCCGGUGAGCAGUCUGAAGCAGCCCAAGAUCAUCAUAAAGCCGACGGCGACUCUGCCGAGGAACAGGGAUCAGAGGAAUAUACCGAAGGUGUCAGCCAUACCAACGCCGGAACAGCAGAAUUGCCAGAACAGCGAGCGGGACCGGGCGCUGGAACUAAGGGAGAAGCCGCUCCUGAGGGAGAAGCCGAGGGUUACGAGGAUCCCGUCGUUUUCGCGCAAGAGGGAGGAGCCCGGGAUUGAAAAGCCAUCGUACGUAGAGAAGACGGAAAUCGUGCAGAGAGUGGAGGCGGCGCCCAGUAAAAUCACGAACACGCCAUCGACAUCCGAUGCCAAGUCGGGCAUACCGACGCCAACGGCAACGACGACGACGGCAACGACGGCCACGGCGACGGCCACAGCGACGACGAUGACAACGUCGACGACGACGUCGACGACGACGUCGACGCCGACGACGACAACGACAACAACGACGAUGAUGUCGAAGAGCGAGAAGUCUGCCAGCACGGAUUCCUCGUCCGCCAGCAACGGGAAUUCCAGCAACUCGAAUACCGGUACGAUCAAACGCAAGCCGACGAGCAAGAAAUAAUUGGCUCGGGCCACAUGUUACGUUUCAUACUGUUUUGCGAAUGUACACGGUUAGAGAUGCUCGGUGUCUCUCUACCCGUCCCGGCCAAGCGUUGAUGCGAGUCUCCCGGUGGCUCUCGCGAAAUCGAUAGCCUUCCGGUGAAUUCUGGGGAACUACGGCUACUCGGUACAUAGUUACCAAUUAAUGAAAUAUUAUUUCCGCAUAUUGCGAACUGCGGCGCCGUACACGUUGCGAGGUUUUUCCGUGUACACGUGGGGAGUAACAGAGCGGAAAGGCAUAAUAACGGUAUUGUUAUUUAUGUUAACGAUACAUGGGAUCUUGUAGUAGCAUUUCUAUAUAGUAUUUCUACUUGGGAUUCUGAUGAAAUGUUACGGGACGAAUUUCAAUGCUUGAAGGAUGUCGAUGUGAAUCUACUUUCACGAGGAAUUUCCCUGAAAACUGAAAACUGCAAUCGUGCACCUACAAUCGAAAAUCCUUCAUUACCAUUCGAACGAUAAAUUCCUUUCUACGUGAAGCUCUCCUCGUCCAGAUGGCAUAGUAAUACGUCAGGCGCGAUAGAACCAUUUUCUUUAGAAUUAGUAUUAUUUAUUACUGUCUCCUAGCUGUACGUUGCAAUAACAUGCAAUAACAAGUAAAUUGCAUUUUAACGACUUUAGCUCUGCUGCAAAACUUCUGUCGUUAUUUUUACCACUACGUUAUAUUAUAUUUUUCCACAACUAAUUAAGACUAUACGAGUACAAUGUAGCUAUACAUUAAAUGUAAAUAUAUAUGAUAAUAAUUGUCGACACGUUUAUGACAUUUUCAAGAGUGUCAAUAUCAUUACGGCUGAAUUAAGGCCGUGAAGUAAACCGUAUUACAUGUUUAUGGACCGUCAACACUGCUCUCGUGAGUGCCGUCGAUUGCUUGUACGUUUUUAGACACUGUAGACACGACCAGUUAAACGUUAUCGAGUAGUUGGAAGUCGAUAAUUUCUAACGGCGCCUGCGCUUUUUUACGCGUGUAUCUUUAUACGAAAAUGAGAAUAAACGUUUUUCAUACUUUUCCAGCAGAAAAUCCGGGAUGAAAAAGUCCAACCCACUAUUUAUCAUAUCACACUUCUCCCUUCUCCUUUUCCUCUCCUUGCCCACCUCCUCCUAUAUGUAAACGCUGCAUCUUGUAUCUCGUGACUUUACACGCGUUCCUGUAAACUUUAUUAUUAAGUGAAGCGAGGUCUAUAAGUCGUGUGCAGGUGCAGCGUAGAACGGCAAGGGGAGUCGGGACAAAGUGGUCGGCGAGUUCUCACUUAUAUUACUGGCGGAUCGAAUUGAUUUUCAAAGUUCGCGCGGUAAUGGGAUUCCCUUCGUCUGUAACCGCCGUCACGCGGAAAGGAAAAGGCCAUUUUUACACUGGCCCCUUCUCUCACGUUCCAAUCAGUCUAUCGCUAUAUCCUUCCCUCCGUCUCUCUCGCUUUGCUUUCCUUGUGUUUUCAUUUCAUCUCGUUCUACGUCAGCCGAUCCGACCGACAGAGUCGCUCUGAUCAGGACUAAGAAAGCAAAGAAAGAUGGGACGUGUGUUUUGAUGGUUUAUAAAAUUUUCAUUUCGCGGGUUUUUUGAUAAAAUCGGAGCCUUCUCAUGCGGAAAACGUCAAUAGGUAGACAGCGUAUUAUUAUGACUGAAACGACAUUAGUACGUUAAUUGCUAAAUACAAGAUAAUUCA